UGAGUCGGUCGCCAUAACUUGUCUUUUGCUCAACUGAUUUUUUGUGAUCAAUUUUAAUAUUUUUCGGCUUCCAUUCUUUCUUUCCCUCAUGACUCUCUCUCUCUCUCUAUUUCUUUUUCUUUACUUUUAAUUUUUUUGACUUUUCUUCCGUUAAUUUUUACUGUUGUUGGUGAUCGCUCAUAAGAACAUUUCUGUUGACAAGUUCAAAUCUGCACUGCUGUAUCCUGCACACAGAUAUACAUACAUACAUACAUACAUACAUACAUACGUACAUACAUACAUCUGAUGGGUUCAUAUCCUUGAUCAUUUCAUACCUGUCAUAUCCUUUUCUGGGUUUUUUUUUUUGGUUCCCGGAGAGGAUCAGGAAAUCUUAUCUUCUGGGUGGUUUAAUUGUUGUCUGAUACUGAUAUACAUCGAGAAGAUGCUGGACAAGGAAUUUUUCACAGAAUAUGGUGAGGCGAGCCAGUACGAAAUCCAGGAAGUGAUUGGGAAAGGUAGCUAUGGAGUUGUUGCAUCUGCAGUUGACACUCACACGGGUGAGAAAGUGGCCAUUAAGAAGAUCAACGACGUCUUCGAGCAUGUCUCCGAUGCUACGAGGAUUUUGCGCGAAAUUAAGCUCCUUCGGCUGCUGCAUCACCCUGAUAUUGUCGAAAUCAGGCAUAUAAUGCUACCCCCUUGCCGGCGAGAAUUUAAAGACAUAUACGUUGUGUUUGAGUUGAUGGAAUCUGACCUUCACCAAGUUAUUAAGGCGAAUGAUGAUCUCACUCCCGAGCAUUAUCAGUUCUUCUUGUACCAGCUUCUUCGCGCCCUCAAGUAUAUACAUACAGCAAAUGUCUUCCAUCGAGAUUUGAAGCCGAAAAAUAUACUUGCUAAUGCAGACUGCAAACUGAAAAUUUGUGACUUUGGGCUCGCUCGUGCUGCGUGUAAUGACGCUCCAUCAACCAUUUUUUGGACUGAUUAUGUGGCAACUCGAUGGUACCGUGCUCCUGAACUCUGUGGUUCCUUUUUCUCCAAGUACACCCCUGCUAUUGAUAUAUGGAGCAUAGGGUGCAUAUUUGCAGAAAUGCUAACAGGAAAACCGUUGUUUCCCGGGAAAAAUGUUGUGCAUCAAUUGGAUCUCAUUACCGACUUACUUGGCACUCCUCCCACUGAAUCUAUUGCAAGGAUUCGGAACGAAAAGGCCAGAAGAUAUUUAAGUAGCAUGAGGAGAAAGAAACCAGUUCCUCUCUCGCAAAAAAUCCCAAAUGCGGACCCAUUGGCUCUUCGUUUGCUUGAGCGUUUGCUUGCUUUUGAUGCUAGAGAUCGUCCUUCUGCUGAAGAGGCCUUAGCAGACCCAUAUUUUGUUGGAUUGGCAAAUUUGGACCAGGAACCGUCCAGACAGCCCAUUUCAAAGCUCGAGUUUGAGUUCGAGAGGAGUAGAUUGACAAAAGAUGAUGUGAGAGAGCUAAUUUAUAGAGAGAUUUUGGAGUAUCAUCCGAAGAUGCUGCAGGAUUACCUUCAAGGUUCAGAUAAUAUUGGCUUCAUGUAUCCAAGUGGAGUUGAUCGAUUUAGACGACAGUUUGAGCAUCUUGAGGCACACUACGGCAAAGGUGAAAGAAGCACUGCGCUUCAAAGGAAGCAUGCCUCGUUACCUAGGGAACGAGUGUGUAUGUCGCAGGAUGAGGCUGCGGAGCAAAAUGGUAACGUUAAAAAGAGUACAACGGCUUCAGUGGGUCGUGCAGCUGUUCAUAGCCCUCAAAGGUCUCAGGAGGUAAAAGUACCAGAACCAACAUAUCAAAAUGGAUCAACUAUACCGAAUGGCGUUAAUAAUCCAAACCAUAGUCCCCACAGCCUGUGGAGGAGCGAUAGCAUUAGCGCUUCGAAGUGUGUGGUUAUGAAAAGCCAGUACUGCGAGGAAGAUCGAAUUGCAGGGCGAAACGAAGAGAUGGUCAACGUGCUGUCGUAGAGGAUUGCAGCAGCAGCAGCAUACCGCACUACAACUGGUAGUGUUAUAUCUGAUAAGAUUGAGCCUGCACUACCAAGUGGGGAUGGAUUUAUUUUGUUUGCCAUAUUUUCCCGAUAAUUUACGGUCGUUUUACCGCGGACUUGCAUUUUAUUUUCAUUUUCUUCUGUUUUCUUAGGGCCAGAAGGCAAAUGCCACUCAUUUGGCAGUUAUACUAUAUGUCAAACCUAUAUGAUGAUUUGUUCUUAAACCUAUGUGCCGGAAGAAUGCUAGUAAAGUUCACAAUUGCGGUA